AUGACAAACCGUACCAUCCCCGGCUCUGGAGCGUCGGACAAGCCAACGCCUCGCCGAACCAUUCCUGGAGCUCCUCCGCCCGCCCCCUCCAAAUCCGCUAAGAAAGGCAAGGCUACCACCAAAGACACUCCUUCCACCAACACUCCACCCAACGCCGUGCAAGUCCCAGAUGCCACAUCAGCAGCCCUCAUCUGCCAAGCCCCAACUGCACCAACUCAAGUAGCAAACGCUCUCAAAGUUACUCCUUCCGAUCUUGCUGAACAGGCCGAAACUCAGGCCGCAAUCGCUGCCGUCGAUGCUAUCACCACACCUUCAUCCAACACUGCCCCCGCUUCUACUCCAGCUCAAAAAGUGAUCUGUGAUCGUAUAGCUCAACUUUCGAGCAAAAGCAAGAAUGCAACCACCACGGUGGCUAUCGAUGAAUUGAAUAGUUUGUUGAGCAAAGUACAGCAAGCUGAAUCCGACAGCGUACACGCUAAGCAGGGUGCAGAACAGAAGCGAAAAUUGGUUUUGCUGUUGCAAUUUUUGCAUCUCUUCAACUUGUUCUUCCCGCAGCAGGGAGGAAAGGGAGGAGGAGGAGGAGGAGGAGAGAUGGUAAGCUUUGCACCGAAAGCUAUGCCGCCAGCAUUGCAGAUGUGUACUGGGCAGGAGGUCGCGGCGUUGGGCAAGGUGUUUGAUUCCUUGGCGAAUGGACCAUUGCAAGGUGGAGGAGGCGAUGCGUUGGAGGUGCUGGAUAACAUUGAGAAAGCGAGUGAUGAGGAGGUGUUGCAAGGGGUAAGUUUUGCAACGGUUAGGGAGAUGGUUUUGAAGCUAACUGCUCCUCCCACUCCUGCUCGGCAGUCCGAGCGGGAUGGGUUGAGUGCUCCGCAAGACGCAUUUUUUAAGGUAGCAGGUGGAGGCAACAGUUCGAGUUCGCCUGGUGGUGAUGCGGUAUCGUUCAUCCAAGAGAGCGAAUUGGAGCCGGAAGGAGGGCAACCUGAAUCUGCACCUCCCGCUGGCACUAGCGCUUCUAAGAAAGGCGAACAAGGCGGAAAAGGAGUUAUCUUGGGUGAUUCAGGCAAGAAAUCGGAUGGUGGUGCAGCUUCAGCCGUCAAAGAACCUAUCAACACUACCGAGGUCAAGACUGCAGCAGCAGAACCCAAACUGAACUGGGCAGCAAUGGCCGAAGAGGACGAUGACGAUCUGGGUGAGGCACCAGUGUUCGAGCCCAUCUCCACUACUCCUAGCGCCACUGAAACGGAGCCUGCGACCAAGCCUGCAGCAAGCAAUGCAGGUGCGGAGGGCACGCUGGCUUCCCCAAAGCCAAAGAAGAAACAAGCCGGUAGCGGCGGAGGGAAGAGUGGUGGUGGUGGUAAAGCAGCCAACGGAAACGCAGAUGGCAAGGGAGCAAAGCAGGUUCAGCCCGCACCGCCAACUCCUAAGGCGCCAAAAGUGGAUCAAGAUGGAUUCAUCUUGCAGGAAAGUAAGAGGACUAAGUAUUUGCAAUCUAAGCAACAACAGCAGCAGCAACAGAGGGGUGGCAAUGCGCGUGCAAGAGGUGGUGCCAAGCGUGGUGCGGGUGGUGGCGCGGGUGAUGGUGCAAGCAAGCCGAACCCUAGCGCUGCAGCUACUCAGUAG